CUUCAUGGGGAUAGAGCAACAUUGAGAUGGGCUCUAACAAACAUCAGGCGGCACACCCCUUUCUGAAGGAACCUCAAAGCUUUAAAUACAGAGGAUGAUCUGAAAACAUCAGAGUUCAUUCGGAAAGAUUAAUCAUCCAUCACAUGAGACCAAAUUAGAAGGCCUCACACAUGGUCAUGCAGUUCAUUUGAAUAUUGUAGAAGUUGGAAACAACUCCACGUGUUCAUCUAGCAGAACACACCUCAGGGUUUUUUUUUAAGUGCAGGAGUCUCUGAAGAGGGAAAAAGGUGCAACACUCAUGGGAGGGAUCUUGACGUCUAUCACAUUGGCGCAGUGAGGGAUCCAGACGCGCAGAGCGCGCUGCGCCUCUCCACAAGUGACAGUACCAACACAACAUCGAGAGUAGCCUACACAGGACCCACUGCACCAUUAUCAUCAAAACUAUGAUUUAAAGACAGACCUGCGUUGUCCAAAAACAUAUGAUGGAACUCCAUAAUCUUCUGGACUCCAUGUGGAUAGUUUUUUUCCUGAUCGGAUUUAUCCGCGCGUGUGUUUGCGGAGACGCGCAUCUGAGGGGCUUUUAAAGAUCUAGCGCUGCUGCACUCUUUACUAGUGUAUGGAUUUGACUCAGAUCAUUUAAUCGAGAGAUCACAGAGCUGGAUUAUCAUUCAGGUGAACCCUGGAUGCGACAUUAUACUUUGCGUUCCCACAAUGUACGGAAUAAAUCAGCGCUGCUUGUACAUAAAUUAUUUGCUGAACCGAAGCUCUUUUCACUUCUUCGUGGUGUGGUGUCACGCGCAGGGGGAGAAGAAUCACCCUUCUCCUAAUUUUAAGCAGUAUGUGAGGGAACAGGGCUCACUGACGGACCAGCUGAGCCGGCGGCAGGUCCGAGUCUAUCAGCUGUACAGCAGAACCAGCGGCAGACACGUGCAGAUCCAGGGCAAGAGAGUGAGCGCCACCGCAGAGGACGGAAACACUUUCGCCAGACUUUAUGUGGAGACGGACACCUUCGGAAGUCGUGUUCGGAUCAAAGGAGCAGAAAGUGGCAGAUACCUGUGCAUGAACCGCAGGGGGAAGCUAGUGGGCAAGCCUAAUGGCAGAGGAAGGGACUGCAUCUUCACAGAGAUCGUCCUGGAGAACAACUACACUGCUUUCCAAAACGCUAAAUAUGAGGGCUGGUACAUGGCCUUCAGCAGAAAGGGUCGGCCCAUCAAGGCUUCCAAAACCAGGGAGAACCAGCGGGAAGUUCACUUCAUCAAGCGCCUCCACAAAGGACCGCUCCCCUUCCCAAACUCGGACCAACCCAAACACUUUGAGUUCAUCAGCUUUCCACCGACCCGACGGGCGAAACGCAACAGAAAACCCCACUCUGCGUCCUAACACCAGGCCACUCAAACUCAUUGUACUGUUUUCCUGUGAAUAAUAAGAAGAGGCAGCUUUAUUUUUAUAUAUUUUCGUACGUAAUGGACUUGAAAAAGCCAACAACACUGAAUGGAUGCUCAUUGGGGUGACUUGUAAAUAUGGUAAGAUAGUAAAAGAGAAUGUAUAUAUUUAAUUAUACGUGGUAUUUGUAUGUGUGUUUUGUGUUAGCAUUUUGUAAAGACAAUAUGCUCAAUAUUAAACACAAUAAAAUAGCGAUUUCCAUUUGAGGGGAAUAUAAACGUACAAUUAAAUAUAAAUCAACAUCAGUUUCAACCGAAGAUGUUUGACAUUACCUCAUGUGUCUGGGACAGAUAGAAAUAAAUAAAUAUGAUUCUUCAAACGAUUGCUUGAUAUCUAUUAAUGUACUUUUAGCAACAAUAAAAUUUUGGGGUCAAUAACAUUUAACAUUUUUCAUUGAUUUAAAAAAAA